UUUAACCUCACAAACAAAAGCUCCAAUUUCUAAGUAUAGUAUACAUUGUAGCUAUGGCUCUCACAUUCCAAUUUUUGCUUACCGGCUCGUCUCUCGUCUUGUUGUGUUUCUCUUUCUGGUUCAGCUCAUGGAACACUAGAAUUGACGGGCCGACGAUGACGAUGUUCGAAGAUUGGAUGUCUGAACACGGUCGAGCGUAUGCGAAUGCAAAGGAGAAGCAGCAACGGUACGAGAUCUUUAAGAACAACGUGAAGUACAUUGAAGGAUUCAACAAAGUUGGCGGGCGCUCGUACUCCCUCGGAGUUAACCAGUUUAGCGAUCUAACAAACGAGGAGUUUACAAAUAGGUACGCUGUAGGAACUGCAGAGCAGGAUAUCCCGACAGACAUAGAGACAGCACCGGUGGACUCCGAGUACGAAAACGCGGCCGUGAGAGCCACCGUUGAUUGGAGGACCGAAGGUGCUGUAACUGAAGUCAAGGACCAACUUGGAUGCGGCUGCUGCUGGGCAUUCUCUACAGUGGCAACAGUUGAGAGCAUCUACAAGAUCAAGAAAGGCCUACUAAAAUCUCUAUCAGAGCAGGAAGUUCUGGAUUGUUCUAAUGGCGGCGACUGCACUGGCGGUAGCAGAUACGAAGCUUUCGAUUUUAUCGUCGCAAAUGAAGGCCUAACAACCGAGGCUAACUACCCUUACACGGCGUCUAAAGGUGUUUGUGACCAAACCAAGCUACCUGAUCAUGCAGCUUACAUUACUGGCUACAGGAUGGUUACGGAAAACAACGAAGCAGAGCUUAUGAAAGCGGUGAAUGACCAACCGGUGGCGGUCGCAGUUAACGCCAGACCUUGGCAACAUUACACAGGUGGUAUUUUUGAUAAAGAUUGUUCGCCCGAUGUCACUCACGCUGUCGUCGUAGUUGGCUACGGUGAGGAAUCGGGGAAAAAGUAUUGGAUACUGAAGAACUCAUACGGCCCCAAAUGGGGGGAAAGUGGAUACAUGCGAAUAGAGAAAGACGUGGCCGCGAAAGAAGGAUUAUGUGGUAUUGCCACGGCUCCUCUCUACCCAUAUAUCUGAUUCGUUUCUGCUUGUUGUUGUCGGUUGUACUGAUAUGAGUUUCAACAGUUACUUUCCCUUGAAGAUUGAAAUAAAAAAAGUAUGAUAUCAGUAUGGUAUAAUAGAGUAUCCUGCUUGCGCUAAAUCUGCUGUUUGUUCACUAAUGUAGUAAAAUGCAAUGUGUUAAAAAUCUGAUCAUAUAACGAUCUGAAAAUGAAUGUCUGAUUCGUUUCUGCUUA